CUAGAAUGUGGGCCUGUUGGUGUGGCAGACAAAAAUGCAAUCUCAGAUGCCAGAAUGACAGCAAGCACAGUCUUUGAUACAAGAUUUUAUCCAUACUAUGGCCGACUCCAUGAAAACAGGGGAUAUGGAGGAUGGUGUCCUAAGACUGUCACUGACAGAACAGACUAUCUUCAAGUUGAUAUGGGUACAAUGCUGUCUGUUUGUGCUGUGGCCACCCAAGGAGAAAAGAUAAACCAUGAAAGAACCACCAGCUAUAAACUGCACCUAUCCACAGACGGUGUAACUUGGAACGCUUACAAGGAAACCAGCACUGCAAAGGUUUGAUCGGCAACUAUUAGUAAUGAUUAGAGGACCACAAAGAGUCUAAUUUAGUGAGUUACAAAAGCAACUUACAAAAUUACAUCACUGGAAGUAAGUGUGUUAUUUGUUGUAAUUUACGAGUAUGAUUACUGACCGAACGGUGGAACAAAAGUCUUGUGACCAAUCUGCCAAAACCAUCGUUAAGUUGAAGAAACAAAAUAGCCAUUAGAAAACGCAUUCAUAAAUAACAGUUCCCAUUAUUUUUAAGGGCAGAUGGACCCAAUUGUCUGCUGAUAACUGUCACGAUUGCGAGAUCUUUACCAAAAUGUAGAGUCAAACCAAGUAGACCGCAAUUGCCAAUAGCAUGCUCUUUCUUAGUGAUAAACCGAAGAGUGACGUUAAAAGAGUUAAAUUGCGGAGUUGUUUCAUUCCAGAGUUUUGAGCAGCUCUCAAGCUUGUAUGUCUUUGACUACAAAGCUUUUGGAAUUAUCUUAAAUUUUUUUAUUGCGGCAAGAUUUAAGAGAAGCGUUACAAUUUUAUCAUAGAUUAUUCAUAAAAAGGUCCCCGUCUUAAGCUACCUAGAUACUUUAUGUGCACCUUAACCUUUCAAUAAAACAUUUCUCGUAAGACUUGCAUCAUGUGUUGCCGAACUACACUAUUUUCUCUUAAUGAAGUAUGCACUUUUCCUCUUCCAGGUUUUCCCAGGAAACUCAGACCAAAACACCGUCGUAAAGCAUUUUCUCAAUACCGACGUCAUGGCCAGAUACGUUCGGUUUUAUCCCGUCACGUACCACAAUUUUCCAUGUUUGAGAGUUGAAAUAUUUGUGCGAAAAUGA